CGCUUGCACAAGUGUAGUCUGUAGUUUGCCAAACAGUGUCAUUUUUCACGUAGAAAACCAUCCUGAUUAUCCACAGUUUCUGCAGUGUGUCAGUUUCAACUUUUUUCCUUCGCUUUAUCACAAGAUGGUGUACAAUAUCUUCUGUCUGUUAGCUCUAUAUGGAGUGCCUUUGUUAAUUAUAAUUGCGUGUUAUUCUCGCAUACUUUGGGAAAUUUCAAGAAGAUCCAGAGAGUCUGAUGGAGACUUAUCCCAGGAACCUCGCUACAGACAACGAUUGUGUCUCAGAAGGUCUGACAUCGCCCAUAUUGAAAGAGCCCGCGCAAGAACUCUCCGAAUGACAAUUAUUAUUGUACUGACAUUUUUUGGGUGUUGGACACCUUAUGUAGUCAUAGUGUUGUGGUACGUUUUCGAUCCAGUUUCUGCAGAUAAAGUAGAUUCCCGCAUUCAGUCUUCGUUGUUCAUGUUCGCAGUAUCUAAUUCUUGCGUCAACCCUCUCGUCUACGGGAGUUAUGUCCUCAAUUUCAAGCAGGUUUUUAAGAACAUCUUUUGCAGAAAACAAGCAUCAAACAUCGGAUCUGCGAACCACACUCAGAUUACUACACCAGCUAAACGGAUACCCAUCAGAGAACCAAUUCAGAAGGCUAUAUCCGUGCAUUUGAGUUUGAAUGGGAUAGAUACAUAUUCAUCCUUGGUGAAGAAGGAAGACAUACUUAUCAUGUCAAAUCUGCAACAUCAUAACAGCUGUGGGAAGCUGCCGAAUGAAAGCCGAACAUGCUGUUCAAAGACUAAAAUCGAAGCUAAUAUUCAUAGUCUAGAUCGUUAA